AACCCGAUUAUAUAGAGAGAGAGACCCGACCCGAUUUGGAAUUCGACUAGCAUCGUUAUUACGCACACGACGUCGCUGCAUUUGAACGCAAACCCACACCCUAUAAAAACCCAAAUCCACAAAACCGCGAAUCUUCGCAAACUAAGCUACACCCUUCUCUCUCUCUCUCUUUCAUUUCACUUCGUUUUUUCAUCACAGAAAAUAAAAAUGAGUACAGAUUUAUAUUCGGAGCGUCCAUUGUAUGGCGGUGCGAUAUCUAGUACAUUCCCUAAUAGAUUCCAGGACGUGAGCAAUAUUCGGCAAGUCCCUGAUCAUCAGGAGGUGUUUGUGGACCCUGCUCGUGAUGAGAGUUUGAUUUUCGAGCUCUUAGAUUUGAAGCAUGAACUUGGAGAUGAUGGAAGUGCUGUCUGGUUUCUUCAAGACCUUGCCACUGAGCAAGAAGCUGAAGAAGGCAUGGUGAUUGAGCAGUCUGGAGUAAUUGAAGCCCCUGGGUUGUGUUACAGAAACAUACCUGCUGUUGUCACAACUGCGGUUGGCCAGAUGGCUAUUUCUAAGGGGCGGCAAGGAAGGGAAGCACAAAAUAUUGUUAAGGUCUAUUUGGCAAAUCUACGUCUUAAGGAAGUUGGUACAGAUGUGCUAAUUACUGCAUAUGAGCCCCUUCGUAUAAACCCUUUGAGUGAAAGUGCCAGCGCAGUCGGCGCUGGUUUAGCUGUACCUGCCACACAAGCUGGUUGUAUGCCAAUGGCUGAGGUUUUUAGACUGGCAGUUUCUAGCUUCAAAGUUAAUGACUGGAACCUAUUUGGUUCUUCUGUCUAAAUGUGCUUGAGGAAAUUCUUUAUAUAGAGAAAAAUUAUUGGGUUGUCUUGGGGGCUAGACUGAGUUCAUAUACAGGAAGAAUGUUUUGAAAGUAGUUGAUGUUACUAUUUAUCUGGAAAAAUGUUUUGGAAGCUGAUUCAAUGGUUCAUAGUUGUAAGAAUGUUUUGAAAGCUGAUGUUACUAUUUAUUUGGAAGAAUGUUUUGGAAGUUGGCGAUGCUUUUGUUUAA